ACCUUCAAGUUUGUUUUCCCGGGAUUUAAAUUAUCAAUAUCCACUUAUGCAAACCUAGUUCAUAUUUUAAAUUUCUUCGACAACCGACAAAUGAUAUUUUGUUGGAAUCACAUUGCAAUUUUGUUCAUUGCAGCACCACUGUAGCCCGGAAACUACACAUUCCCCUGUAAUCAUUAAAACAUCUUUUACAGAAACAAAGUAUUCGUAUUUCCUGGCAAAAUUUCUCAAUGCAAAAUCUUUAGUAUAAAUUUUCCAAAUUAGUUUUCUUGAUUUGUGAUCUCAGUGUAGAAGUUUGAAUGAUGUUUAUUCGAACAAUUUGAUAAGGAGCGGGAAACCGAUCUAAAGUAUAGUGUUUGAGCUGGGAUUCGAGAGGAUGAUUCGUAGGGUCAGAAAAAUCACGGCACGUGUUGAUCACUAAAAGUUACUUUUUUAUUUAAAUAAUUAAUGUCGAUUAUACACGUCACUGUGGCGAAAAAGAUCGCUGUAAAAGCUCCCUACAAACAAACUAAUUAAGUACAAUUUAACUUAAUGCGAUGAUCAAAUAAUUAUACACGUGCGACGCCGAACAAUAAGCGAUGAUCGAGAGCGGUCACUUGCGAGCGAACUGUAGGAUGCUUACACAGGUGCUUUUCUGGCCAUAAAAAGGAACGGUGUGGGGCUAAAUCUCUAAGCUAAACCCAUUUGCGAAUGUUUUUUUUGCUCGCAAAGAUCCUGGACAUUUUUUAAUUAGAUCGCGGUUCAGUAACGUUGGAAACAACGACUAAAUCAAAAUUUCAUAACCUCCCGCAGAUUACACGCUUAUAAAUUCUCAAAAGUAGAUUGAAAAUUCUGAUUUAAUGUGAAGCUAUCAUUUUCGAGCUCUCAUUUCCUGCAAAACAGAAAAUGGUCAGAAUUUCGCUCCAUAUUCAGUUUUAAGACAGAAUUUUUUCUACAUUCGAUUAAUAAUUUAUAUGACAAAAUUUAAAACCAAAACGAAAUGAUCCAACCUGACGCGGCCGGGUUCUGUCGACUGUCAGGGCUCAUAAAUAAGUAGUCGAAAUAUUUAUUAUUAAUGAUCGUUGAGCGCCAGUCAAUUUCGCCGUCAAAUCGAGAAAUGAUGAUGAAAACAAUGGAUGGAAGUAGGAGAUGAGGUUCCAUUGGCAGACCCAAAUGCAAGAAUCAGGAAGAAUAAGCUAAAGAAAUGUAAUCUGAACAGAUAAUUUAAGACAACUUGCAAUUCACUUUGAUGGUUAAUUAACGAGACAGAUAUACAAUGUUGUAUUCCAAGAUUGAAAUAAUUCAAUUUCUAAAAACUUCUUUUAUUUUUAUGAAAGUAUGACAAUUUUCAAAAGUGAUCCACGGUAACUGUGAACUGUGUUCUAGAGAAGUAUCUUCUAGAGACGUCACGAUAGGAGUGAUGAUGUCUGGGUGUUUCAAACGUAUGCAGGGUGAGCUUCGACUCGAGGCGAAUUGUGAACCGACAUGUUUUGGGGGUAAUUCUGAACAGAAAAGUCCUUUUCCACUUUUCGCUCGGACGCAUCCCUGCAGAGAUAUAGGGGUGAAAAGAACGGCCAAUGGGGCGCGAGCGUUGCGCAGCUCUACGUCCGUGUGCCGCGGGCAAGCGGUGUGCGUGCUUCCCCUUCUCGCUAGUGAGUGAAAGAGAAAGGGGAAAAGAUAUUUCAAGACAAUCCUUUCAGGGGGGCAGGGGGGGUGAAUAAAAACCUAUUAUUAUUCAGAUUAGUAUUAUUUAUUAGAGUACAAGGAUAAUCUGAUCGGAUCGCAAAUUUAAAGAAUAAUCGACGAUUAUUAAAUAAAGUAACUAAUUUAUGCAAUUGCCUGAUCAGACAUUUAAUGUUGAAAAUUGAAUUCCAAUUAAAUUCCAAUUAAACAAUGGAUGCCGAAAUUCACAGGAGAUGGCUCGCCAUUUCCCCGGAAUCGGGAGCAAUUGACGCAAAAAAAGCAGCAAACAGCAAAGUAUAGUAAACAGCUAGGGACUCUUUCAAAGAUGAAUUUAUUAAGUUAUUUGGCUACCUGGCUGUCGUAAAUGCCCAUGUGGAAGGGACGAUGUGUCGCACAGCUUUACGACUUGAUCUGUUGCCAUGAGCCGAGAAAAAGGAUUUUCCCACCAGCGGUAUGAAUUGUAGCUCAAAUAUGGGAGGUUUAAGUCCAAAUUUCUCAUCUGCGGACGGUGGAACAAUUGAACAAGAGGAACCGACCAAUGGAGAGGAACAGGCUAUGUUUACCGAUAAAAAUUAUUAUUUUAUAGUUGACAGAGGAAAUUUCUCCACCAAUUUUUCCAAAGCGUCAGUGUGCCGAAAAAUCUCUUCGAAAACAGAGUUGGAUUUUACGUUUUCUUGCUCUGCACUCGAAUAUUCAACUAGUGUUCUUCAAUUCGCGAUAAAAAAGUGCAGUGUGGUGAAAUUUAUUCACAUCGUGAGUGUAAUGGCGAAGUUUACUGCUGCGGAAUAUGCCGAUAUGGUCACCAUUUCCGGUGUUGCGAGGGGUAAUGGCGCAAAAGCAGCACGGUUGUACGCGGAACACUACCCUCAACGAGUGGUACCUGAGACACGUACUUUCCGAAACGCCCUCCAACGUCUCCGAGAGGGAAAUAUUCUCCCGCGAUAUGGGGGAGAAGGGCGUCCAAAACAUGCUGCUGGGGUUCGCGUGGAGGAGGCGAUCCUGGAGGCCGUGGAAGAGGAUCUACAAAAAUCCAUUCGCGCGAUCGCGGCUUCAUUGGGAAUUGGACCGGGCAGGGUACAGAGACUUUUACAGGAGGAAGGCUUUCGCCACUGAAAAUUUACCCCGGUCCAGGAGUUGAAACCCGAGGAUCUCCUGAAUCGUUUGGCCUUCUGUCGAUGGUUCCUCGACACAAGUGAAGAAACUUCAUCAGCAACAUCUUGUGGACGGACGAGAAACUUUUUACGAAGAAGAGGAUCGUCAACCAUCACAAUGAGCAUCAUUGGGCGGUUGAAAAUCCUCGACUCACAAGAAGUUCCAAGUUCCAGUAUCGCUCGGAAACGUUAAAUAUCUGGGGAGGAAUCCUUGGUGAUGAAGUCUACAUUCAUCAUCUUCCAGGGCGUCUCGACGGUGGGAACUAUUUGGGGUUCCUGCAAGAGCAGCUUCCAGCGAUAGUUGGUGAUGGGACGGCUUCCAGGGAUGUAUGGUUCCAGCAAGACGGAGCACCAGCCCAUACCUGUGUUCCAGUGGUCCAGCAGCUGAAUCAAUGGUUUCACCAGCGUUGGAUUGGGAACCGCAACGACCGGGACAGGGCGGGACAACGAGAACCACCCUUUGCGUGGCCCCUGCGUUCUCCAGAUCUCACCCCACUCGAUUUUUUCUUGUGGGGGGACUCUGGAGUCGAGGGUAUACUCUGAUCACCCAGCGAAUCAGGAGGAAAUGGUUGCACUGCUGCACGCUGCAGUUGCAAGUAUUACUCCUGAUGAACUGGAGCGAAUGAAGGCAAAUUUACUACAACGCGCCCGACUCUGCAUUGUCGCUGGAGGUGGACAUUUUGAAAACCUGUUGUAGUUCAUCGAAAAAAAAUCGGCGCUUUUCAGGGCCACCAAAAUAGUCGAACGUGAGAAUACUAUCUUAUUCCCUUUCCCUAUACUUUACAAAAUUAAAUUUUCAAUAAAAAAAACAUUUGAGGAAACACAGUAGGCCUGUAAUUUAAUUCUUUGAAAGAGUCCUUAGCUGUUUGCUGGACUCUGCUGUUUGCUGCUUUUUUGCGUUUAUUGCUACCGAUUCCGCGAAAAUCGCGAGCCAUCCCCUGUGAAUUUCAGCAUCUAUUGUUUAUUGUUAAUUAUCUUCGUAAGAGGCUCUUUUACAGGAGUUUGUCAAAAGACCUUGUUUAAAAGAGAGAGAACAUUCACCUGAAAAUCAAGUGAAGAAUUCGAUAACAUUCAAACCAAGGAAUUCGUCUAGAAUAUUCCAAAACCUUGGGUUGCUAAUAAAGCAAAACAGCCCUCGGGUAUGUAAAGAGACUCAAAAACAAACAAUUAGCUCACUUCUUAUUAAAUAGUUCAACGGCUACAAGUGAAUUCGCAAUUUUGUCAACGAGCAAUUCCCCAUCGAAUAUAUUUAUUCGCUAGUCAGAAUCGAACGCAAUCUAUCGAAGAAUAGUGUUCUAU